CUGCCCGACAUAUUUUGUGCUAAGUGGCAAGCCUUCAGUUUUCAUUCAGCAACAACAACAACAAAUAUACAAAACUUACUCUCACUUAACGCCUUAUAUAUAUGCAAUUCGAAUACUCAUUAAGUUUAAGCUCGUUUCAAAAAUGCAACCAUCUGUGUUCAUUCUAACUGUGAUAUUUGCUCUGAUCGCCAGCAAUGUUCCCCAAAUAAACGCUCUUCUGCGUCGGUGCUAUCAAUGUCGCUCCCGGGGUGAACUGGGCAGCUGCAAGGAUCCAUUUACCUUUAAUGCCACGGACGUGGACAGCGAGCCAGGCCUCUCAGCUAUACCCUGUGCCAGCGGCUGGUGUGGCAAGGUGAUUGAGGGCGGCGGACCCUAUGCUAUAGAUGACUACGACCGAGCUAUACAGCGCAUGUGCGUGCAGCGUGGACCCGAUGACAAUAUGGAUCGUUGCGCGGACACAAUAUACAACUACAACAAGGUGUAUAUGUGCUUCUGUCAAGGUGAUCUGUGCAAUGGCUCCAAUGACCGCUGGCAGCAUCAUCAGCUGCUGCCUCUUCUGUCGCUCUCCAUUUUGGUCAGCACAAUUUGCAAUAAAGUGCAUAUGUAUUUGUAAUAU